CUAGUCGCUCAUUUACAAUAUAUUUCUUUAAUGCUUGUUUGUUCUUCUGCUUUAUCGUGAUUUUUUUUUUCGCGUAUCACGCCAAUAGGCAGUUUCCGAGGUGGACAGCGACACUCGACAUAAUCCAUGGAGCUUAUCGUUUCGUUAUUUAUGCAAAAAACACCAUUGUUCGAAGCCCUUGCAAGUUUGAAGUUCUAGCGCAUCGCUGACCCUGCUUAACAAGUACAGCAUCAAUUUCUAAGGUUUAAAAAAAAAAGUUGUGUUAAUAAGGAGAAACUUGGACGAAAAUGGAUUCCGGAGAGGCAGUUACUGCCUCUAAUACUUCUCCGCGUUUUGUUAGCGGUAAUCGCAAUGGUAUUAUAGCAACAACGGACCCAUCUGCAUCCUCCCUUUUAUCUCCAAACACAACCACAACCGCGACCAACUCCGCUAUCACAUCUACAACCACCACUACUACCACAACAGCAACAACACCAAUUAGACCACCACCUACACCAACUAAACAUAACAAUUUCCAUGCACACCGACAAACCAACAGCUCUUCAAAACUACCUGCAUUUCGCUUUGCCGAUCUAAAAAGAGAACACAUUACCAUACCUUCGCUACUACAGUCUCACCACAUUCCGCCGUCGCCUGUCUCGCCCGAUCCGGAUCAGCACACCGAAACACAGCUAAACGCGGCGCAGGAAAUAUCCCCGCAGACAGCGCAUCAGCAGCAUAACAAUAGAAACAAUAUUAGACCUGUCUCACCCCAACAAUUGCCUGCAGAAAACCUAAGUCCCUCAAGGUCUCGGGCAUCCACGUUCCAAUCCCCCGCCGUCGCCCAAUCGACCGCCACAUCGACAUCAUCCCUCAAUGCAAAGCGCUCUGUUUCUCUAGAUUCAACUACCAUUGAUACGAAUAAGCGCACGCGCAAUACUACUAGCGCGAGGUCACCUACGGAUCCAGCUGAUACGGUUGUUGUUGUACAAUCGCGACACAAACGCGCGCCUUUUUCGGGCAGUUCGGUACACGAAACUUCGCCUGGGCAUCGGAUGCAUGCAUCGGACGAAAUUCAAAGUGCAUCAACAAGAGAAGAUAUAAGUAAGGAGAGCGCGCACGGGCAACGGGAACUCAUCUUGCCAAAAACUAUUCAGAAGACUGCGAUCGAUGAUAGAAGAAACUCUGUGGCGAGACGACCACCGGUAUCCUAUAAACCACCCGCAAACUCUACUGGUUCGGGCGGUACAACAUCAAUUCCACCUAUUCGAUCAUUUCGAUCUUCCGGCGAACGACGAAGCCUUAUUCUCGACAUGAAUCUUCGUUCGAUACGUGGGUAUGAGGGAAGCGAGGACUCUGGCGACUCAAAUCACCGCGAUAGGACUUUGCGUGCGCUAGAGGGAAGACGUUUCGACGACGAAUCACAGAUAACACCGCCUGACUCGGCGGGAGAUCGCCCUGAUGGCGACGAAAGUGGCGAUCUAUUUCUCAAGAUCGCACGCGAGGACUCGUCCCGUCGCGGCGCAGAGACCAACCGAAACUAUGGAGACAAUCAAAGCGCCCUAUCCCGAGUCGCACGAAGCAGCCGACGACCUCUUUCUGUAGGUAUAUCUUCGUCAUCCCAUCCAGCAUCCCCUCCUCAAAUGACUCGGCGCUUGUCGGAUCAAGAGACCUCUCGAUCUCGAGGUUUCGGUGAUGAUCAAUCGGGAGAGAAAAUCGCGCGUACUAUAAUAUUCAAAGGAGUACCCAGAGACAAACAAUCCGAGGAAACAAAACCUAGAGGCGGCAGCGCUCUUCGUGGUUCACCACUAACGCCUCGAUCUCUAACUUUUCAAGAACCCCCUUCUGACCAAGGGUCUGCUUACAGUCGAAAAAGACAAGCGUCUAUUGAUAGCGGCACUGCUCUCCCAUCCCGCAUGUCCUCGCUCAAACAGCCCAAUGUCAACUACAGCCACCCUCGCACUUACAACUCUUCACCACUAGUACCAAAACCAGCAGAAUCCCAAAGACACGAAGCCCAAUUAGACGAUGCAAAUCAUGGUGUUGAGGGGACCAAUUCAACGGCUUCGACUGCCGCUCCUUCUACAGUAUGGGACGAGCUCGAUGACCUCAAGUCUCGUAUCCACCGUCUUGAGUUAACCGGCAAGCUGCCUCCGACCUCAGGUGCAGCCAUCUCGCGAGCAUCUGAUGAACGACCCCCAACUGCCCACACUAACGCAACCACCUUAUCUGCCUCUCCCAAGCGCGGUUCUGGGGGCGCCGCACAAACGUCCGACACAAAUAUCGCACAGAAAGAAGGUCAUCCCCUACUGCAUUCGGCAUUGACUAAGUCCAAGGAAUUUCUUAGUGUGGAAGUUUUCGAAGCGCUUGAAGCAGCAGCUAAUGAUGCAUUGGCACUUUCAAUAAUGAUGGGUACCGCUGGUCAGCCAGGACCUAUUGCGAGCGGCGCAAGUAGCAUUGGUAGCGGUACUACUAUUACCGACCGUCAACUAAGACGAAAAGCAGAUAGUAUCUGCCGCAGUCUCACUGAAUUAUGUCUCGCGUUAAGUGAAGGGGCGGCGCAGAUGAAGCCACAGCAGCAAGUAGCUCCGCCGACUCCAGAGAAUCCUCUGCUAGCAAGCCCUACUAUCACAAAAUUCCAAGGGAUGGCCUCUCAAAGACGGCAAAGUAUCGCGGAUCGCAACCUCUCGAUCAAUACCAGCCCGAGAACUAUACCUCGAAUUGAAGAGAUGCGAAAUAUCGAAGAGAGACGAAAUAGUACGUUGGGGACUACCUUUUUAUCCCCACGAUAUAAUACAACACCUGCGACCCCAACCGAGGCUACGGCGAAUGGUGCUGGCCGGAAGACUUCGCUAUUGAUAGCCCGCAACCGCCGAGCUGGAUCAGAAGAGCCGGACGAAGCGCGCAGGGCAUCGCAAUCGUCACUACUUAGAACACGGCGCGCCACUACAGAAGAACCUGAGGACUUGUCUGAUCGCAAACCUACAUUAACCCGAGGUCGUCGGGGCACAAUAAAUCGUGACGACGAGCAAAGCCAGUUCCGCGCACCAUCCCGCGCUAUCACUGAAGUCCACGGGCUUCGAUCCGGAACACGCGAAUACGCAUCACAUUUGCCAGCACCUCCAAAGGAGCCCGAGCCUUUGGCGUCUUCAGCUCUACCUAAAAGGCGGCUGGCUUCCGCACUCAGCAGCAGAUUAGUGAUCCCUGGAUCGACGUCUGGCUUCGCUAGCACGGCUCGCCGGUAUUUCGAACGAUCGACGCCGGAUCGCGAAACGUAUAGCGCCGUAGAAAAAUCGGCUGAGGAUCGAUCGCAACGGCAAUUUGCUAUUGGUCGAUCCGGAAGUAUGGACAAACGAACAAAUCGUGGAAGUAUGAUUGCCACGAGCUCUCCCGCGACGGGGGGCUACCGAUAA